UUCAAGAGCUGUAGACUCUCCAUAGUCAAAAUCAACAGUACCAAACCUACUCAACUCACCAAUCAUCAUCGUGUUCGUAAAAUUUAGCUAACAAAUCUAUGGCUAAAUCUUUCACUUUAGCACUACCACAGCCACAGUCACAGAAUCUGAAUCAAAUUCUAAAUUCCCAACUUAAUAAUAAACACACAAUUAUCUCCCCAUCAUCAUAUUCAUGGACCCGAAUUUCCAGCUCAAUAUUCCGAAAUCCCAAUUGUAUAAAUAUAACUAAUAAUAAUGUCAAUAACUAUGUACAUUAUAGAAGAUUCUCCAGUAUUUUUGCUUCUCCAGUUUCUUCUAUUUCUUAUUGUUAUUUUCCUCUUUACUCGAAUUGCAAUUCUCUUCGUUUUCCUUCUCUUUCUUUACUUCCUUUGCGCCGAUCUUGUUUAUCUUCUCUUCGGUUUUCGAUGAUGUCUCAGAAUGAUGAACAUGGCGCACCCAUCAGUCAGGAUUCUAACAAAACAGUAAGAUGUAUGAUCAAGGGCCGAGUUCAAGGAGUGUUCUACAGAAAUUGGACGAUUGAGAAUGCAAAUCAAUUGGGUUUGAAGGGUUGGGUGAGAAAUAGGAGAGAUGGGUCUGUGGAAGCUCUUUUUUCGGGCAAGGCUGAAGUCGUGGAUGAGAUGGUGCAGCGUUGUCGCCGUGGACCACCUGAUGCUAUGGUUACUGCCCUUAAUGUUGAUCCUUCAAAUGAGGAUCCUGGAUCAGGUUUUGAGCGCAAACCCACUAUAUGAACUUGACAUCAUAGAUGAACUAAAGUACGUUAUUAUUUCAUAAAUCCUGUGAAUCUUGGAUCAAGUGUGAAUGUUUGAUCACCUAUGAUUCUGAGAACAUUUAGCAAGAUUCUUGGUCUGGCUGUGAAUCUUGUUACUGCUUCACCACGUUACAUUUAUGGCAUAAUGCAUUGUCACAUGAGAUUUUCGGUGUUUAUCUCAAGCACUUGGCAUUUCCGUAAGGACACUGUGCUCUUAGACUACCAAAAAUAAAUCUUUAACUUAUGACGUGGCUGAGUUCAAUCGUUGGAUAAGUUUUUUAGUUCUUUGAUGAGAUUCAUUAGUCAUUACAGAAUUAAGUCAUGCCCAAUAUUUUGAGGUGUACCAGUUUCAAGUGAUCUUGUGCUGAACUGUUUAGUUGAAUAGCCUUUGCAACAUUCGAUGUCUCAGUUUAUGAAUCCUCGGUUCCACUUCUGUCUUUGGCUGUCAUGAAUCAGUUGUUGACGCCUAUGUUCGACUACUCUGGCUCUUCUUCUCAGCUUUCCUCCAGGAUUUAGAUAUAAUGGUGCUGCUUUUGAGUUAAAUUUUCAUUUUCUCAUCAUCCAACAUCAUUCUAUUUCCACAACUCUUUUAAUGUACCCUUAGAUGAUCUCAAGCGAGGGAGGGGACAUACCAAUUUGUCCCCAUAUUUUUUCUUAAAUGAUACUGUACCAAUUUGCUAUCGAAAAUUUUCAAUGUACUUAUUUAGUUAACUAUAAAAAAUGAAAUCAAUUUGCUGUUGAAUUUUUUUAGAAUAUUGAUGGUUAAAGAUGUAUAUUUAAAAUAGGCAAAAUUGGCCUCAACACUCUGAAGUUUGGCGAAGGUGCACUGAGCACCUUCAACUUUACACAGUAGUUAAAACACCACAAAGUACAAAUGCAAGAGUAGUGCGUGUCUUUAAUGAAAUUUUUCGACCAAAAAAGUUGCCUGAGAACGGAAUCUAUUAUUUUAAUUUAUUAUUUGCUCCCUCUUAAUUUUUUUUUUCUCCCUUUAAUCCUAAAACUAAACCUCACAUGACACCCUCUUUCUUUUUUUUUUUUUUUUUUUUUUUUUUGAAACCUGCCUGACCCUCUUCUUAUCAUCCAAAUUCUUCCCCAAUUUGAAAACCCUCUUCUCAUAUUCUAGUUCUUCCCUAAUUUGAAAACCCUAAAAAGUUUCGAAUUGAAAUUAUUCCCCAAUUAUUGAAGCAUGAGCUCAACGCCAACCACUUCGUUUAGGAGGAAAUCGAAUUCUCGUGCAAAUGUGAGGGUGUAUUGUGGACAUCGAUUGCCUGCUGCAAUUCGCACUGCGUGGAAGUUCAAUGAAAAUCAAGGGAAGCGUUUCUAUGGGUGUUCAAAGUGGAAGGCAAUUGGAAUUUGAAAUGUCAGUGUUAAUUUUUUUGAUUUGGAAUGGAAUGAAGUAGAUUCAUUUGGAAAUGCAGGUUGAUGAUUACAAGUUUUUUGAGUGGAUUGAUAAGGAAGACUAUGGACCUCGCGCAAUUGAAGUAAUUAAUGGUUUAGUUGUAGAUAAUAAGAUGAUGGAAGCUGAAUUGGAGCAUCUGGAGAAAAACACACGCACUCAAAAGCAAGCAUAUGAAUAUGGGGUAAAACUAAGAGCACUUAAAGAUGAGAACAAGACAUUGAAGCAACAACUCAAGGCUAUGAGUGGAAGAGAAAGGGGCUAUAUUGUAGCAAUCUGCAUUUGUUGGAUAAGCUUCGUUUUUUUUUUUUUUUUUUUUUUUUUUUUUUUUUUUUUGUGCAAGACUGUAGGUUGGUGAAGAUGUAGUUGAAUUAAGUAGGGUGGGUAGUAGUAUAUGAAAAGGUAUAAUAGUAUGUAUUACAGUAUUUGAAUAUGUAGUACUGUGAUCGAAAUUUGUGUGGGAAACCAAGAUAUACUCUUUUUAAUUCAUGAAACGAAAUGAAAACAGGUUUUGUUUCAUAUUUUAUUUGUUGUUAUUGUAUUGUGUGAUAGUAUAAUAAAAUAAGGACCAAUAAUGGUAAAACCAACAUGUGUACUUUUAUGCUUUUACAAGGACAAAAACUAAUUGUUUUAGAUCCGAACUUUGACUAGCCCAGUAUCCCAAAAAAUGUACAUUCAAAAUACCAACUCCAAGCAUUAAAUCUGCCAUGGCUGAAGUUUCAAGGUUGCUGAGCUGCUGUUGAAGCUUGUGUUCCCACUUCUCCACAGUCUGUUAGAAUGGAGUUAGUUCCUUUUCUUGGUUUGCCCCUCCCUCUAUGUGGUUCUGAAGCUACUUUUUGUCUUGCAAAUGCAGAUCUUGUGGUACAUGUAUGUACAACAGAUUUGUUCCCGGCCGGUGUUCUUGUUGCUUUCUUGGUAGGAGCUGCAGCAGUUGCAAAUGCAGAUUGGUUUUUAUUUUCUUCCUCUUUUGCUUACCUGAAGAAAGAGAUUAGUUGUUAGUAGUAAGUAGUAGCUCUCAAUAGUUAUAGAUAGUCAUAGAUAAGGUUGAAGAUUACCUGCAAUUGGUUUGUUGGUGUACUAUCACUUGGUUUGAGAGGACAUUUUCUUUUGGUAUGCAUCUUUAACUUGCAGACACUACAACUCAUUUUCAAACCAUGCCUGCUUAAUUUUCAUGGCUUUUCUUGUCUUUCAUGGGGAGCUUUUUUCCUAGCCUUUCUUAGUCUUCCUGCUCCUAUUUUUAUCUCACGUGGGUGCAAUGGGAAAAUUACAUGUUCCCAGUGAUUCUCUCCCCUUAGUGGUUUAAUUGAACCACUAUAUGCUUCCAGAUACUUUGCCUUAGUAAGCCUUGCAUCUACAUAAUCCUCACAUGGUACUCUUAGCCAGCUACAUGCUGCAAUGGCAUAACAACAAGGGAAACCAUGUAGGUCCCACCGUCUGCAUGUAAGUGCAUGUCUUUAAAUCUAAAUUAACCACCACUACUACAAAAAGAGUGAUUUUUGGACGCAAUUGGUUCGACGCUAUUGAAGUGGCGUCAGUGUAUAAUUUUUGGUUCCGUCUUUUCGCGACGCUUUUUUCGUCGGAAAUUUUUCUCGACACUUUUGAAUUUUUUUUAAUGAAAUAAUUAGCGGGUUUGUGUAUUUUCACACUCAGUCGAAUUAGGUUCCCAAUGAAACUGCCCAUCUAUUCUGCUCUCCUCUAAACUUGGAAUCCAUCACCACUUUCAUCAGCGACAAAAAAAAUCACAAAUUUUAGGUUAAUUUCUGGGUUUUGCUUGCUAAAUUUCAAGGAAUUUGGGGUUUUGUGGCUCGUCACUUUCAUAAAGUUGAG